AUGCCCCCACGCUCCCACUGUGCCCUCAAUCCCGGAAGCGGAACUGCCUGCGCAUGAAGGGCGGGACUGGUAUGGCCUGCUAUUGGCUGCCGCCAGCUAUACAGAGGCCUCUUCUGCAGCGCGCUGAUUGGCUGCAGAACGUCAACUCUCGGUAUUUGAAUCUGGGGCGGGCGUAGCGGACGACGUUCACGGACCGAGAGAGCAGAGCUUGUUCGGAUUCCUUUGGCUCGGUUUCUCUAGCUCGUUUUUCUGUUGCGGAGCAAAUACGGCUCUCCUCCCUUGCGGUUGGCGUCCGCGCGGGCCCAGGGCUCCGCAGCCGUAGGCAGGAAAGGAUGAAUCUGCAUAUCUUAACUGACGAAAAUGUCCCCAACGAGAAGAGUUCAGAAAGCCGUGACUUCCUGUUUUCAGCACCAGAACUUACCGGAAGAUCCUCUGUUCUUCGCCUGUCACAGAAAGAAAAUGUACCUCCCAAGAACCAGGCUAAAGCCGCAAAGGUGACUUUUCAGACACCUCUUCGGGAUCCACAGACACACAGGAUCUUAAGUCCUAAUAUGACCAGCAAACUUGAGGCUCCUUUUGCUCUGGAUGACAGUGUUGGAUUACAAAAUGACCACUGUGUCUUCUUACAGAAAGAGAACACAAAGGUAUCUUCACCAAGGAGACUGGCAGAGAGACCUGGCCUCCAGCCUCUCCUGAAGAAAUCAGAGACCAGCCAGGAGCAGUGCCCCAAAGAAACAGAAGAAAGAGAUGGGACCAGAGAGAGAAAUGAAUGUCCCCAGCCUACACCCUGGGGCUCUUAUCACCUUAACUGGGAGAAGUUGGAUGACCCAAACUUCAACCCAUUUGGAAGUGACUCCAAGUAUAAUGGCCAAAAGGCUAAGCUCCCUGAAAGUCCCAAGAACAGGUUGUCCUUGCCUGUGGCUGAGCAGCUGAGUGCUGGGCCUACAGACGUGGAGUCUUCUCCAAGCCACCAGCUGCCGGUAGCCCCAGUGGACGAUGUACCUGUGGUUCAGAUGGCAGCCGAGAUCCUGAAAGCAGAGGACGAGUUACAGGAGGGAAUUUUGAAUUCCUUGAGCCCUUCAGCUUUCACAAGUUUUCCAGACGGUGAGCUGGUAACCCCUCCAAUCGAGCCGAUGCCGGAGCCUUCCCCUCAGGGGCCAGAGCCUCUCUUGGACAGCGAGCCAGUGACCCCUCCAGUCAAGCCAGUGCUGGAACCUACUCCUCAGGGGCCAGAGCCUCUCUUGGACAGUGAGCCGGUGACCCCUCCAGUCAAGCCAGUACUGGAACCUACCCCUCAGGGAUCAGAGCCUCUCUUGGACAGUGAGCCAGUGACCCUUCCUGUUGAACCAGUGCCAGAGUCUUCCCAUCAGGGACCAGAACCUCUCUUGGACAGUGAGCCAGUGACCCUUCCUGUUGAACCAGUGCCAGAGUCUUCCCAUCAGGGACCAGAACCUCUCUUGGACCCAAAGGAAGAGAGCUUUAGAGACCCAGCAGAAGUUCUAGGUGCUGGUGCUGAAGUGGAUUAUCUGGAGCAAUUUGGAACUUCCUCGUUCAAGGAGUCAGCCUGGAGGAAGCAGUCUUUGUACUUGAAAUUUGACCCCCUUCUGAAAGAGAGCCCUUUGCGGUCAAUGCCAGUGCCAGUGGCCCCAGUGACAAAUAGUACACAGGAUACAGAGGAGUCUGGCUCCGGAAAUCCAACAGAAGCCAAGCUCGUCGACUUAGAUUUCUUGGGAGGUCUGGAUGUUCCUGUGUCGGCCCCACCCCUGUGUGUCCUUGAGCCUCGAGGUCUCCUUCCUGCCGAGCCUAUUGUGGACGUGCUGAAAUACAGUCAGAAAGACCUGGAUGCAGUGGUGAACGUGAUGCAGCAGGAGAACUUGGAGCUGAGAAACAAAUAUGAGGACCUCAACACGAAGUAUCUGGAGAUGGGGAAGAUCGUUGAUGGAUUUGAGAAGAUCGUGUAUAAAUCAAUGGAGGAGGCUGAGAAACAGAAGGAACUAGCUGAAGACAAAAUUCAAAAGAUUUUAAGAGAGAGAGACCAACUUACUGCGGAUCUGAACUCUAUGGAGAAGUCCUUCUCUGACCUCUUCAAGCGGUUUGAGAAGCAGAAGGAAGUGAUUGAAGGCUACCAGAAGGGACGUGAUAGCCUAUCUAUCAGCAGGACAAGCUGCACCACGAGACUCUGGUAGGAGAGCACGGCCGAUCUGUGAGAUGUGGUUUUAGAGGCUUUAGGAGCCUCAGCAGAAGAGACUGAGGGUUUCCCUGCUUAGUGCUACUAUGUCUGGCAUGCACAAGGCCCUUAGCUCACUCUCCAUUAACUUUUCAACCCUCCUGUCCUCCCAAAAGAAAAAAAGAGGGGAAAAAAAAACUUUGCAGUUAUAGAGUUCUGUGAACAGACACCAUGACCAAGGCAACUCUUACAAAGGAAAACAUUUAAUUGAGGCUGGGUUAUAGGUUCAGAGGUUCAGUCCAGGAUCAAGGCAGUGUCUAGGCAGUCAUGCUUCUGGAGGAGACAAGAGUUCUACAUCUUGAUUGGAAGGAAGCCAGGAGAAGACUAUCUUCUACAUGGCUAGGAAGAGGGUCUCUAAGCCCACCCCCACAGUGACACACUUGCUCCAACUAGGUCACACCUAAUAGUGCUAUUCCCUGAACCAAGCAUAUUCAAGUCACCACACAGAGAUUGGUAUUUUUGGGCAAUGGAGUUUGGGGAACAGCUAACAGUGGGCUCAGGAAUAUCUUGCAAGAAAGGGGAAACUAGACUUCCCCAUGGGGUCAAGUGGAAAAAACAAGUCAUGUCAGAAACCAGCUGCGGAGCUCUCGUAUCUCCUGCUACAUGGCCCUCAGUAGUGGUUAUGAGAGGCCCAGAGUGUGCUGAGAGGAGCAAGGCUGCAUAUAUUAUAUUCCUCAGGACUGUGCUACCCCCAGUCACAAUCUGUAGGAAUCCUAGUCAUGGUUUGCACUCGAGUAAGAACUGAUGCCUGGUACUAAGGUCUGGGGGUUAGGCUCAGUUCCCAGAGGUGACAGUCCAGAAGCUCUCUUUACCUUGAAGGUGGGAUAGACUGUUUUGGUUUUUCAAGACCGGGUUUUUUUUGUGUAAGAGCCCUGGCUGUUGUAGAGCUCACUUCAUAGACCAGACUGGCCUCAAACUCAUAGGUCUGCCUGCCUCUGCAUCUCAAGUACUAGGAUCAAAGGUAUGUACAGCCACACCCAGCUCAAGGGGUGCUUUUUUAAAAUUUACAUUCCAAAUGUUGCCUCCCUUCCCAGUCUCCCCUCCCCUAGCUCUUCACACACACCCUUUGUUUCUGAGAGGGUGAUCAGCCACCCACUCACCCCCACCAGCAUCUCUCUUCCCUGGGGCAUCUUCUCCCAUUGAGACCAGACAAGGCUUUUUCUAAAGAGAAAAUGUCAAGUUGUGUAUCACUAAUGUCCCCCAAAACCUUAAAUGUCUACAGUCUGCACUUGACCCUGGGAGUCCCAUAUGCCAAGCCUGGACAUAACCCCAGCCUUGGUGGAACAAUGUACUUUUAAGGUUUCCUAUUUGUUCACUCUCUAGAAUGAAGAUUCACUGAAGAAGUGUGUUGAGGAUUACAUAGUGAAGAUUGGAAAA